GUUAGUACUGCCUCUCUUCAUGCAGUAGUUUCCUCCCUAUCUCCCGUAAAGAAAGGCAGGAAUAGCGACUACUUCGAAGGAACUGUAACGGAUGGAAAAUCAACUGUUCGACUCAAAAGGUCACAACAAAGCAAAAUUCAAAGGUUUAUGGAUAAACAACAGCCAAUUCUUCUAGAUGAUUGGCUAGAAGUGGCCCAAGAAUGGAAAUAAUGCUGAAGGUUUCUACUGCCAUCACUUCCUCUCCUAAG